AUGGCCACAGCCUCACUUAGAGCAGAAUCGAGCCAUAACUACAGAGGAACAUCCGAACUCCAUGCAGUUGUUUCCUGUGCCAAAAUCAAGAGGAAGAAAAGCUUAUUUGGAGUUGCCAUUUACGUGGAGGUGACAGCAGAAGGGGAGUCGCGCCGCACAGCGAAGUCCCACAGCUCAUCUAGUCCGAAAUGGGAUGAAAGGCUUACUUUGAAUGUAACACCGCGCAGCCAGGUGGACUUCAAAGUAUGGAGUCACCACACCCUGAAAGCAGAUGCUUUGCUGGGCAAAGCCUCACUGGACCUGAUAGAAGCCUUGGAGCAGCAUGAAAGCAAAUUGGAGAAUGUGAAAGAGGUCCUGAAGCUGAGUGUGGAACAGAAGGGUGUUCUGGUGCCUACAGGAGAGCUGACAGUCUAUCUGGAUGGCCUUACUGUCAGUGACGAGGAAGGACUAGCACCAUUAACUAAUGGAAAUGCAGCAAACGGCACCAAAGUCCAGCAGAAUGGUGACGCCAUCCAUGAAAAUGGAGAAUCCUCUUCCUCAAGGGCUCCCAACAGCACAGUGAAUGGGACAGACAUGGGCCUGGGUUCAGGGUCCUGUUCAGCCUCUAACGGAGUCAAUAGUCAGGUGCCUUCGACUUCCUGUAGCCCGGCCCUAGGUUACAUCAUCAAUGGUGAUGUUACACCCAACUCCACACCAAGCCACCGACCCUCUGAUAGUGAUACGGAGAGUAGGAUCCUGAAUGGGGAGACCUGCGAUAAUGCAGUCAGUCGUCUUCUGAUAACAAGCGAUAUGUUUCCUCAAGCAGAAGACCGGGAGGACAGUACUCCAGAUGCCCUUCUGCCAGAUUCCGAUUCAGCCCCUAAUGGCACAUCUCAGCCGCCGCCUGCACAGGCCUCAAAUUUGUCUUCUGCUGCUAAGCCGAAUGAUGGUGCUGUUGCCGCUGAUGCCACUCCUACUGCUGCCUCCUCCACGUGCACUUCCUCAACACAGGGUGCCACUGCUAUCACGGCGUCCACAUCAUCAGUGUCCUCGUCCCCAGCAGCGGGGGAGACAAACGUGUCAGCUGACAGUGGGAGCAGUAGUAGCGCUGCAACAGGAACUACAGAUGGGGCCAAACCGAGACAGCAGGCUCCUGCAGCUGGGGCCCCGGAUCCUCUUCCACCUGGAUGGGAACAGCGAAAAGACCCACACGGAAGAACUUAUUAUGUAGAUCACAACACCAGAACUACAACAUGGGAAAGACCACAGCCACUGCCACCUGGAUGGGAGCGCCGAGUAGAUGACCGGGGCAGGAUCUACUACGUGGACCAUAACACCCGCACUACCACAUGGCAGCGUCCCACAAUGGAGUCUGUCCGGAAUUUUGAGCAGUGGCAGAGUCAGCGCAGCCAGCUGCAGGGAGCUAUGCACCAGUUUAACCAGAGAUACCUCUACUCUGCAUCCAUGAUGUCUGCUGAGAAUGAUCCACUUGGCCCACUUCCUCCUGGUUGGGAGAGGCGCGUGGAUUCCAAUGAUAGAGUGUACUUCGUUAACCACAACACAAAGACAACGCAGUGGGAAGACCCCCGAACUCAAGGGCUACAGAAUGAGGACCCUCUACCCGAGGGUUGGGAAAUCCGCUACACGAGGGAAGGUGUUCGAUACUUUGUGGAUCAUAACACCAGAACGACGACAUUUAGCGACCCCCGCACUGGAAAGUCCUCUGUCACCAAAGGUCCACAGAUUGCAUAUGAGCGCAGCUUCCGGUGGAAACUUGCCCAUUUUCGGUACCUGUGCCAGUCAAAUGCCCUCCCUAGCCAUGUGAAGAUCACCGUUUCUAGACAGACCUUGUUUGAAGACUCAUUCCAGCAGAUUAUGGCCUUGAAACCUUACGACUUAAGGCGGAGACUUUACGUCAUCUUUAGAGGCGAAGAGGGUCUCGAUUAUGGAGGCUUAGCUCGGGAGUGGUUCUUCUUGUUGUCGCAUGAGGUGCUGAACCCAAUGUACUGUCUAUUUGAGUACGCUGGCAAGAGCAACUAUUGCCUGCAGAUCAACCCGGCUUCUGCUAUCAACCCUGACCACCUCUCAUAUUUCUGCUUUAUCGGCAGAUUUAUUGCAAUGGCACUUUUUCAUGGAAAGUUCAUCGACACGGGCUUCUCCCUGCCUUUCUACAAACGUAUGCUCAAUAAGAAGCUCAUCCUCAAAGAUUUAGAGUCCAUCGACCCUGAGUUCUAUAACUCACUUAUAUGGAUAAGGGACAACAACAUUGAGGAGUGUGGUUUGGAGAUGUAUUUCUCAGUGGACAUGGAGAUCUUAGGCAAAAUCACAUCGCACGACCUCAAACCUGAUGGCACCAACGUUCUAGUCACAGAGGAAAACAAGGAGGAGUACAUUAGUUUAAUGGCAGAGUGGAGGUUCUCCCGUGGAGUUGAAGGUCAAACCAAAGCUUUCCUGGAUGGUUUUAAUGAGGUAGUUCCACUUCAGUGGCUUCAGUAUUUCGAUGAAAAGGAGCUUGAGGUGAUGCUAUGUGGCAUGCAAGAAGUGGACUUGCAGGACUGGCAAAGGAAUACAGUGUAUCGCCAUUAUACAAGGAACAGUAAGCAGAUCAUCUGGUUCUGGCAGCUGGUGAAAGAAGUGGAUAAUGAAGUGCGUCUGCGCCUCAUGCAGUUCGUCACUGGGACCUGCCGGCUCCCUCUGGGCGGCUUCGCUGAGCUCAUGGGAAGUAACGGGCCUCAGAAGUUCUGCAUUGAGAAGGUUGGGAAGGAAACAUGGCUUCCCAGGAGCCACACAUGCUUCAACCGUCUGGACCUCCCCCCUUACAAAAGCUUCGAGCAGCUCAAAGAGAAACUCCUCUUCGCCAUCGAGGAAACGGAAGGAUUUGGACAAGAAUAG